AUGAAGCUGAACGUCAAAAAUAUUCGCUAUCUCGGUCCGGAUGACUGGCGCGUUCUCACUGCGACAGAAAUGGGCAGCCGCAACCAUGAAGUCGUGCCUACGCCCUUGAUAUCUCAGAUUGCCUCCCUCCGUGGCGGCGGCGUUCAAAAGAGCAUAUCCAAUAUCGCGAAGAUCGGGCUGAUUGCGAAGGUCAAGAACGCCAAGUACGAUGGCUACCGGCUCACGUACGGCGGGCUCGAUUACCUCGCCCUCCAUACGCAUACCAAGGCUUCGACUGUAUACUCUGUGGGUAAUCAGAUUGGAGUGGGAAAAGAGUCGGACAUCUUGGUCUGCGCAUCGGACACGGGAAAGCAGCUAGUCCUAAAGAUACACCGUCUCGGCCGCAUAUCCUUCCGCACCGUAAAGGCAAACCGCGAUUACCUCCGCAAUCGACAGUCCGGCUCAUGGAUGUACAUGUCACGGCUGGCUGCUCUGAAGGAAUUCGAGUUCAUGAAAGCACUCCGAAGAGAAGGGUUUCCUGUCCCGGAGCCCAUCGGUCAGAACAGGCAUACCAUAGUGAUGAGCCUUGUGGAUGCCUUCCCCAUGCGACAGAUCUCCAAAGUUGGUGACCCGUCAGCGCUGUAUGCUGAGCUUCUUGCCCUCAUAGUACGGCUCGCACGAUACGGCCUCAUCCAUGGUGACUUCAAUGAGUUCAACAUCUUGGUCGAAGAGAAACACGAAGACGACGACAAGAUUAUACUGGUACCCACCAUCAUUGACUUUCCCCAGAUGGUGUCGAUAUCGCAUCCCAACGCCGAAUACUACUUCGACAGAGAUGUGGCCUGCAUCAAGCGCUUUUUCGAUCGGCGUUUCGGCUUCACGAGCGACGAACCCGGGCCGUUCUUCAAAGAGUCGACGAAGACUGUUCUUAAGAGACUGGACGUUGAAGUCGAGGCAAGUGGGUUCAGCAAGAAGAUGGCAAAAGAGUUGGAUACCUACAUGAAGGAACACGGCGUGGAUGGAGAUGCGGGAGCGAUAGAACAAGAGGAUGAGAGUGAGGAGGAAGACGGUGGCGAGCAGGAUGCCGUAGAGAACGAUGCACUUGACGCUGAUGAGCCGAUAAUUGAAGACUUGGCCACCGACACCCAGACGACUCCAUCAGCUCUUGCCUCUCAGAUGACCAUUCUGGACAUCCGAGACAACGAUCCGCUGCCUGACCUUAGCGAGAUCAAGCCUUCCUCUGCACCUACAAUAUCCACCAAGGCAGCCAAGGCAAAGGCGGGAUGGGCGCUUUAA